ACCGCUGUCUCGAUACUUUUCCACGCUGCCACAAACAUGUUCCUGCACACAGCUCUGCUUUCCUUGUCCGCCCUUGCGGUGGCCAAGGAAAUGCCCAAAGAUGAGUACAAAGCGGCAAAGCUUUACGACUCUGGUAUCAGGCACGAGAACAACGUGGCCCUGAAGAAGGAGUCGUGGGCUCGGCAAGAGGCUGCGGGCAUGUACAACUCUGCUCAGUAUGCCGAGAUCAAGGACAAGGUCGAGUGCGUCAACGGCACUGCCAUCGCAGGCACCGACGUCUUCAAGUGCAGCAACAUCGACCUUCUCCAUUUCUUGUCCCAUGCUGAGCUCGGCAGUCAGCGUGGUGUUGGAUCUUCGUCAUGGGGCUGGACAUCGGAAGAUGGUCGCGAGUUUGUUGCAAUCGGGCAACAGGAUGGUGCGGCCUUUGCUGAAAUUACCAAGGAAGGCAAACUAUCCUACCUCGGACGCCUACCUGCCUACUCGUCCCCUAGCACCUGGCGCGAGAUCCGAGGUCAGAACAACCUGAUGAUCAUCGGUAGCGAGGCUCAGGGACACGGCAUCCAGAUCUUCGACAUGAAGAAGUUGCUUACCAUUGACCCUGCGUCACCAGUGACAUUCAGCAACAGCAAGGAUCUCACUGGCCACUUCAAGGGACUUCCUGUUGGCCGGACUCACAAUGUCGUGACCAACCCUGAGACCAACUUCAUCUACGCUGUAGGAGCGCAGCCCAGAACUGACAAGUGCAAAUCUGGUAUCAUCUUCAUUGAUAUCACCGAUCCUUCGAAGCCAACAAGCCCCGGAUGUGCGUCCGAAGAUGGCUACGUGCAUGAUGCUCAGUGUCUCAUAUACCGUGGACCCGACAAAGAGUUUGCAGGCCGCGAAAUUUGCUAUGGCUACAAUGAGGAUUCGCUCACAAUCUAUGACGUGACAAACAAGAAAGCCCCCGUCAUUCUGUCAAACACGUCGUAUGAAGGCGCAGCAUACACCCACCAAGGCUCCGUCUUGGACCCCAUGAACCAGCAGUAUCUGCUUCUGGACGACGAGUACGAUGAGUACGACAAGGUCGGCCCUGGUGCCCCCGGACACCCCAUUACAUACAUUUGGGACAUUUCGUCUCUACGUGCGCCAAAGCAGACGGGGCUGUACAAGAGCGGCGCCAGGGGUAUCGACCACAACCAGUACGUUGCUGAUGGUUUCGCAUACCAAUCCAACUACGGCACUGGCUUCCGCGUUCUAGAUGUUCGCUCGAUUCCCCAGGACCCAACCGGUGCUGGUGUCAAAGAAAUUGGCUUCUUUGACAUCUACCCCGAGGAUGAUGACCUUCCCGGAGGUGGCACUGUCGACUUUGUUGGAAGCUGGUCAAGCUAUGCGCUUUUCAAGAGUGGCCACAUCCUGAUCAACACCAUGGAGCGAGGCGCCUUUAUUGUAAAAAUGCAGGAAGGUUCCAAGAAGUAGACGGGCAGGAUGGGAGGAAUCAGGACAUUGUACGUAGUAAUAGCAGGCGAUGCGGUGUUAUAGGCUGUGGCCAGACGCAGUCAGCAUCACUGUAGCUCCGCAUAUACCUCCGAAAUACGUACUGU